CGUCAUCCGAACAAUUCACUUUCAGACGAGCCAUUCCUUAGGUUUACCAGUGACCACGAACUUUUUAAUAAUAUUCAUCUGACACCUGUUCACGAGCAUUGUUGAUGCCGCAGCCCAAUUCGAAGAGGGCACCAACUCCGGUGCGAACAGCGGCUCCCUUCGCUCCGCACGACGCGAUGGUCGCAUCACAGCAGGGUCACAUAGAGAACCUAGUGCAGAAGACUCGGAAUUUGGAACACACCAUCAAGAAGCUGAACGAUGAACUCAGUCUUGAACAAACUCGCGCCAAGGACACUGUCAAUGUCACAAAGCAACAAUGGCGAGCAGAGCAAAAGGAGUGGCACGUUGGUUGCGAUGCUUUACAGGCGUGCCAUAGGAUUGCUCAUCUCAGGACAGCAUGCGCUUUGGACGACGAACGAAUUGCAGUGCUCAAGGAGCGCGAAAUUGCACGGCGCGAGAGGCUUGCGCGUAUACAAAGGGAUUACAAGAUAACCAUGUUCCAAGCUAGGGAGGCAGAACUGGAGGGUCAGAUAGAGGACCUCCAGGCAGAUCUUGAUUCUCAAGUGGCUCAAACACAGUAUUCGCUUAAAUCUCGAGAUCAGCAGUACCAGAAGACUAUCCUCGACUUACGAACAAGAGACGCAACGCUUUCAUCGGAGUUGAAGCUGAAGUCGGACGAAAUUGUAGCAGCUCAUAAGCAACGUGAAGAUGUCGAGGAUGAACUGCGCCGGCUACGGGAAGCCCAAGCAGACGCAGACGCGGCUACUGUUACAAAUGUAUCCAAACUUUCCCGCAUAACUGUGCAACGUGAUGGUCUACAAGCGAGGGUGACUCAACUCGAGCGGGAGCUCGAGGAUCACAAGGAUAAUAGUGCCAAGUUGCAACGUCAACUCGACAAUUGGCAGGGCUUGAAAAAGGGUGAUGAUGUAGACUUGGAGAUAUUGCGGAAGAAGAAUGUCGAGUUGGAGGUUCAAUUAAGGGAAGUGAAUGCAGUAAUCCAAGAACGUGAUAAAGCGCUCGAGAAGGAGAAAGGUCGCACGACUAAACUUAAGGAAGUCCUCCAUGAGUGGAAGACCGAAGCCGGGGAGCAGACAACGCUCCAGAAACAGGCUGCAGAUGAGGCUGCAGACGCGAAAAAGGCAGCAGAAAAACUUGAGCAAGAGAUAUCAGACCUGAAGGCUCAGCUAACCGCUGCGCUCAAAACAUCCGCUGCUCCAAAGUCCCAGAGCAACACGACGUCUCUUCCUAUCCCUUUACCAUCAGAGGAGGCGGAUCAGACUCUCCCGAAACCAAAACCAAAACCAAAAAAGCGCUUGACGUUAGAUGACAGUGACAUUGAGUUAAUUGAACCUUCCGCCAAAGCGAAAGGGAAACGGAAGGCAUCUCAGGAAGACAGUACCGAUGAAAAACCUGCAGCAGAGAAACCGAAGCGUGCACGAGCAAAAAAGCCCGCCUCUGCGCCAAAUGAGAAGGCACCAAAGAAACGUACUCUUGAAUCCGAAGCCAAGAAGCAGAAGAAAGCUGCCGAGUCGUCGCAAGCAAAGACAUCAAAAUCUGCUGCGAUUGCAGAUAGUGCUGCAGAAGACGACCAAGAACUGGCGCCUAAGAAGAAGAAACGGAAGCUCAAUGUAGGCAUCUUCCCUUCUAUGCAACCACAGCCUCCGGUGUUUCAGUGGGACCAGGGUGGGACCGGUUUAGGAAUCCCUACCGAGCUGUCACCUGUGAAAGAUGCGCCGCGACGAUUACAUCCAUCAAGCACAGGACCAAGUUUCGCCAAAACUCGCGGAUGAAGUCUGUCCUGGGCGGAUGCGCGGCAGCUG